AUGGCCUUGGAACUCGAGUACCGCAACACAUUCAUUGACGUGAAGGAGGACUUCCAAGCUUCCAGAAAACGUGCUCACAGCUCCCCACCGGGCCGCGCACGCUGCAGCAGCUUCGCCACAGAGAUGAACGACGAAGAGGCCGCCAUUCGCAGCUACGUGGGCGGCCUCGCGCAGAAUGCGUGGCCGCAGAGUGGUCAGAUCUCGAGCAACCCUGCGGAGCAUCUCUCUCCGAGUCCGGUGAGCGUCGCCGGUGUGCCAGAUCUUAUGCACGAGCAGAUGCAUGUGGACGUUCUCAGUGUGGGUAGCUGGGGUCACCCCGACGUGUGCCGUCGCCCCUGCAUCUACUUCAUGUCUGGCCACUGCGAGAACGGUGAGGCUUGUGCCUACUGCCACCUCCCGCACACGGAGAAGAUGGCCAAACUCGACAAGAGGCAACGUGCUAUGGUUCAGCAGCUCACACGCCCGGAGCUGUUGUCGAUGGUGUUCCCUUUCUGUUCCCGCAAGGCAGAGGAUGGGGGAUUUGCGGACAAGGCCGAAGAGAUUCUGGGUCUUCUCGAGAUGGAGCUGGAUCCUGCCACGUCAUCAUCUCAGCUCUUGGCCGACCGCGAGCUUCGAAACUUGCGCAAGACACUUGCGCGGAUGAGCUUCUCGAGCCUCAUUGGCCUGGUAAUCCACAGGUCCCCCGACCAAGAUGAGGACCCGGCCCUCCAGGCGGCCUUAGAGAGCCUUCGCUCCAAGCUUCGCGGCCAUGGGCAGGCUCAGCAGUGA